AUGGGUGUCUUCAACUGGGGAUGGGCGACUUUAUUCGCCAAUGUGUUGAUUCCCGUGGGCAUCUUAAUCUUUUCCUCCGGCUUCUUCCCCUAUAAGCCGCUCCUGCCGGGCCUAGCAACAUUCGAGCAAGCAGAUCAAGAUGCUACGUCGCCAGUCUUCGACAAGGUUGUGUUCAUGGUUGUGGAUGCAUUGCGAAGUGAUUUUGUCUAUUCGAAUGAAUCAGGGUUUCUUUUUACACAAAGUCUUAUUCGUUCGGGGGUUGCAUUGCCCUUUACAGCUCAUGCUAGCUCACCGACCGUUACUAUGCCCCGUCUGAAGGCCAUGACGACCGGCUCAGUGCCUUCCUUCUUGGAUGUGAUUCUCAAUAUUGCAGAAUCAGAUACAUCGUCGAAUUUGGCUUUUCAAGACACUUGGCUGGCGCAAAUCAAAGCCAGAGGCGACCAGCUUGUCAUGUACGGUGAUGAUACAUGGCUUAAACUGUUUCCUGGAAUGUUCGGCCGAUCAGAUGGUACCACGAGUUUCUUUGUGUCGGACUUUGUGGAAGUAGACAACAAUGUCACUCGCCAUAUUCCGGAUGAGCUGGCGCAAAGCGACUGGUCGGCUAUGAUCAUGCAUUAUCUGGGACUUGACCAUAUCGGUCACAAAGCAGGGCCUAAAAGCUCGCACAUGCUUCCAAAGCAGCAAGAAAUGGACACGAUAGUCAAUCAAGUCUACACUCAAAUUGAACAGCAACCGCAUCUUCAAUCAACCCUUUUUGUACUUUGUGGAGACCACGGUAUGAAUGAUGCCGGCAACCACGGUGGUGCCUCGGCUGGUGAAACAUCGCCGGCCUUGCUAUUCAUUUCUCCCAAGUUCGCCUCGCUCGAUCUUCGCCAAAGCAGUCCAAUUGAACCAUUUGAUGAUCUGCAAUAUUAUCGUACUGUUGAACAAGCCGACAUCACGCCCACUCUUGCAGGUCUUCUAGGCCUACCGGUACCACUCAACAGUCUGGGAGUCUUUAUUCCUGAAUUCCUUGAUCUUUGGGAUGAUCAAUCGACUCGACUUCAUGUCUUGUACCGGAAUGCUCGGCAACUGUUGAACACGGUCCAGGCCACCUUUCCCAGUUUCACCUUCGAUGCCGCAAGUCUUGCGCACAGCUGCAUGAUGGAGCCUGAUUCCAGCAUCGAAGGCGCUCGGUGCGCGUGGUCUCGAGUACUUCGAGAAACCUCGAGUGGUAACGUGAUCGAAAGGGACUUUGAGGCUCUGGAAUCAUCUCUUCUGCAGUUUUCCCGGAUCGCACAGAAUUUGAUGAGUAGCACUGCGAGCAAUUACGACGUGUCGAGGCUUUCGCUGGGCUUGUUGAUCACUGCUGUAGCGGCCCUCGUCGUGUCUCCGAUUACUUAUCAAGAAUGCAGACGAUCCACAUACACUGGGUUUUUCCUGUUAUUCUUGAUAAUCGGUUAUGGAAGCAUGAUGUUUGCAAGCAGCUAUGUUGAAGAGGAGCAGCAAUUCUGGUACUGGAUAUGCUCUGGCUGGAUGGUUUAUCUGCACAUUCGCUCUGCCUCUUCCAACACGACCGCAUCAUCUUCCAGGGCCGGUUUUUACUCGGCAAAUGCCGGAAAAACCGCAAUCUUAGGCUUUGCGAUUGCUCUCAGAUUGGUUCGUCGGUGGAACCAGACGGGCCAGAAGUUUGCCGCCGAGCCAGACAUUGCUCGUGCUUUCUUCCCUUCUCAUCGACCCAUUUUUUGGGCACUUUUCAUGUUGACAUAUGCGGACGCGGGUCUUCGCCUAUGGCGAAGCUUGCCGUCUACUGUAUUGAAGAUGGGUGGCGUGACUUUGGCGGCUCUGGCCUGUGUGUUCAAGUUGAACUUUGUGGCCAAUGACUCCCCCGAGCUGAUAGUAGAUACUAUUCUGUCGAGGAUUGCGGAAGGAUGGCCAUCAAGUACUUCCCUAGUGUUGCAGGCACGACUCAUCUUCAGUGGUCUCGGGGGCUGUGUGUUGAUCGCCCUGGCGCUGCGUAGUCGGUCCGAUGAAAAUAAAGCACCCAGUAAACUUCUUCAUGAAGCGCUGCAUUUGUUCCUCAUGACUCAGUCACGAGCGACUAACAUUCCUCUCUUCCUCGUGUUCCGCAUCGCAGUGUGGUCGUUGUCCUCAAUGGAACUCUCGGACAUGGAAGUGACAAUUACGACCAUGAUCCUUCAGUAUACGAGCUUCUUCGCUUUUGGAGGCUCCAAUGCGAUCUCUUCGGUGGAUCUCUCCAGCGCGUACAACGGCGUCGGCAGCUAUAGCGUGGCGAUGGUCGGCAUCUUGACGUUUGUCAGCAACUGGGCAGGUCCGAUCUGGUGGGUGUCCGCUGGCCAUUUGCUCCGAGGUCAUCAGGAGCAUGGCGGGGAGAGCCAUAACGCGGCUGCUCUGCUCACAUUCCACGUUGCCGCAUCGGCGUUGUCCGUUAUGGCAGCGUGCACUGCACUGCGUACGCAUCUAUUCAUUUGGACCGUGUUCUCGCCCAAAUAUCUGUACACAAUCGCAUGGGCGACCGCAAACCAUGUUGCAGUGAACCUGCUCGGUGUUGCCGGUCUCUCCCUCCUUGAGCGUCGAAGAUAG